AUGGGGGACUGGAACUUCCUUGGGGGGAUUUUGGAGGAGGUGCAUAUCCACUCCACUAUGGUAGGCAAGAUCUGGCUCACCAUCCUGUUCAUCUUUCGCAUGCUGGUCCUCGGCGUGGCAGCGGAGGAUGUGUGGAACGACGAGCAGGCUGACUUCAUAUGCAACACUGAGCAGCCCGGGUGCAGGAACGUGUGCUACGACCUGGCUUUCCCGAUCUCCCUCAUCCGCUACUGGGUGCUGCAGGUUAUUUUUGUGUCUUCUCCCUCGUUGGUUUACAUGGGCCACGCUCUCUACAGGCUCCGGGCGCUGGAGAAGGAACGGCAGAAGAAGAAGGCACUGCUUCGGAAGGAACUCGAGUUGGUCGACGUGGAGUUGGCGGAGGCCAGGAAGAGGAUCGAGCGGGAGAUGAAACAGCUCGAUCAGGGGAAGCUCAACAAAGCUCCUCUGAGGGGCUCUCUGCUCCGUACAUACGUGGCUCACAUUGUCACCCGCUCUGUUGUCGAAGUGGCCUUUAUGACAGGCCAGUAUCUCCUUUAUGGCUUUCACCUCUACCCGCUCUUCAAGUGUGUGCGGGAUCCUUGCCCGAAUGCUGUGGACUGUUAUGUCUCCAGACCGACGGAGAAAAGUGUCUUCAUGAUGUUCAUGCAGUGCAUUGCUGCAAUCUCCCUCUUCCUAAACACCUUGGAGAUCAUGCAUCUGGGCUACAAGAAGAUUAAAGAGGUCAUCUUAGACUUCUACCCUCACUUGAGAGAUGAGAGAGAUGACCUUGAUGACUACUAUGCCAAUAAGUAUAAAAAAGAAUCUGUUGUGCAAAUAUGCACCGGUGUAGCCCGGAAGGCAACAACCGCCUCCGCACCCAGUGACUACAACCUCUUGAUGGAGAGGGCGCAGGGUACAAUUAUGUACCCGAACCUUAUCAAACCUUCAACCUUUCUACCUCUUCAGGGCGAGCAGGCCACUCAGCAGGAUUUGGAUGAUUGCAGAUUUUCAGCUCAAAGCCCCCCCGGGCUGAACUUCCCCUCGACUACCAACGAGCCCUGCUCACCGUGCUGCGACUCCCCGAUUAAUCCAAAGAAGGAGGCCGAGGACUUUUUACAUCUUGCCCCGCACGGUGAGGGAGAGAGAAGUGAAAGAGGGAGCCCAGACUCCGCAAAAUGCCCACUGAAGGCAGCUCCCGCUUCCUCCUUCCCCACGCUGCCAGUGAGCGCAUCAAGGAAACCGUGGAUGGUUCACGGCUCUUUCAAAUGCUCCACGGUGCCGGAGGGUAAAAGCUCGGACACCGAUUCGUGUGGGGGUGCAAAGGCCAGUAGUGGACCUUCAUCCACUCGAACUCAGCCAAAAUCGGAUGACAAACGUCAAAGCCGGCCCUCCACCCCGGAGUCACUGAAUGAGUCCAGCUCAGGAUCCAGGCACAAUCCGAGACCACCUUCCUCCAACUGCAAAACAUCGAUGGCAAGCAGCGCAAGUAGCAAGCGAGCUCCAGACCUGCAAAUCUAA